CAAGGGGACUCUCUGUCCCCAGUAACAGCAGAGAUGGCAGGUUUAUCAAGCUUCUCUCUACCCAGCUGUGUCCUCACCUUUCUCUUCCUUCAGCUGUCUUCCAGUUAUGCAGGACAGUUCAGAGUGAUAGGUCCAGGGCACCCCAUCCGGGCUCUGGUAGGGGAUGAAGCGGAGCUGCCAUGUCGCAUAUCUCCUGGGAAGAAUGCUACAGGCAUGGAAGUGGGGUGGUACCGCCCCCCCUUCUCUAGGGUGGUCCAUCUCUACAGAAAUGGCAAGGACCAAGAUGCUGAGCAGGCACCUGAAUAUCGGGGCCGGACAGAGCUGCUGAAAGAGUCUAUUGGUGAAGGAAAGGUGACUCUCAGAAUUCGGAAUGUAAGGUUCUCAGAUGAAGGAGGUUUCACCUGUUUCUUCCGAGAUCACUCUUACCAAGAAGAGGCAGCAAUGGAAUUGAAAGUGGAAGAUCCCUUCUACUGGAUCAACCCUGGAGUGCUGGUCCUCAUUGCUGUGCUGCCUGUGCUCCUUCUGCAGAUCACCGUGGGCCUCGUCUUCCUCUGCCUGCAACACAGAUUGAGAGGAAAACUUCGAGCAGAAAUAGAGAAUCUUCACCGGACCUUCGAUCCCCACUUUCUGAGGGUGCCCUGCUGGAAGAUAACCCUGUUUGUAAUCGUACCAGUUCUUGGACCCCUGGUUGCCUUGAUCAUCUGCUACAACUGGUUGCAUCGAAGACUGGCAGGGCAAUUUCUUGAGGAACUAAGAAAUCCCUUCUGAGUGCUGUGGCAUUUUGACGAGGUUGGAGGCGAGCCUGGUGG